AGCAAAUCCGCUACAUAAGAAACCGUGUUUACUCAAACACGAGCUAAUUAUAGAUCUAUCGACCUUAGGCGGUUCCGAUCAUUAGGCCAAAUCCAUCGUUUUUGCCGUGACCAUAGGCUCGUGAGUCAGCUACCCAAAAAACCAACAAUUGUAAACAGGUCGCGAGCUCGGCGCCCGUUGGGACGUUUUGAGAACAUUCUCGAAAUUCAAAUCCCAACACCUAUCGUCAACUCCGGCGGAUAUAAAUAUAGCGGACAGGGUAGCGACGCGACCUUAGUUACCGAGAGAUUCGAGCAGCGACAAUCUAACCGACACUUCUUUGCGCCGAUCGGUUAGCGACCGCGAAACGAAACUGCAAGUAUAUUGUACGACUAGUGUAAGCAUCGGGUAAAUUCUAAUAAACUUCGUAGUUAGAUAUAUUCCGGUGUUUGUGUGAAUUAAUCGACACCUUAUCACCUCAACUGGUGACCCCGACGUGAUUUUUUUUGUGUAAGAGGUGACAGUGAUAGACUAGUCGCGGUGUGAACAGUAUAGUCCGCAAACCACACUAUGGAAAAGGAGAGCAAACUAUCUCCAGCUUCGUUCCGCGUGCCGCCGCGGAGAGAGAGAAGUAUUUCGGCGUAGCCGGCAUUAGCGACGAUGACGAAAAAGCCUUAGCCCUCAUGGGAUUCCUCGACCCACCAUACCUCGCAAAGAUAGAGGAUACCGUGACCAACCUCCCCGCCACAGGCCAGUACGAGAAACUGAAGAGCGAGCUAAUCCGCGUCCUGAAAGAAUCGGACAGCGCCAAGUUUGAAAGGUUAGUUGAACGCGAAGAGAUGGGCGACAGAAAGCCCUCACAGUUUUACAAUGACCUAAAGAGACUAGCCAGCCCGCUCGCGUCCGACGAGUUCAUCCUAAACCUGUGGAGGAACCGCCUCCCUGACCGUAUCAGGGAAGUCCUGGCCGCAGUUGACGAUACGAACAUAGAGAAGCUGACCAGGACUGCGGAUAGAAUCGACGAGGCGUACGAUCGCCACGGCCACCGCGCGAAUAGGGUGGGCACAAUCGCCGAGCCAUCGGCACCGCAUGCAGACAAAAACGACGCGCUGGCCGCCGAAGUCAGCAGGCUGAGGGAGGAGAUUAAGGCUUUAAAAAUCGGCGCGUACCGUAGACCGCGAAGACGCUCGAACUCUCUUACACGACGCCGUCGCCGUUCCCGUUCGCGUGACACCCCGCGUGAGGACGGAAUUUGUUUUUAUCACGCGAGAUUCGGCGAUCACGCCACAAAAUGCACCGCCCCGUGAAAGUGGAACCCGGGAAACGACCCCCGCCGUCCGUAAAAGCGGCGGACCACGACAGCUUGGGAUCUCGCCGCAUCUUCAUCGUAAAUCAGAGAACGAAAACCUCGUUCUUAGUGGACACCGAGGCCGACAUCAGCGUUUAUCCCCGAAGCAGGCUAUCCAGGGACGCGAAGAAAGCAGCGUACGAAUUAUUCGCUGCCAAUGGGACGCCCAUCGCAACGUACGGCACCUUGGCGAUGGAGCUGAACCUGUCCCUCAGACGUGCCUUCAAAUGGCACUUCACGAUCGCCGACGUGCAAACCCCCAUCAUCGACCUGGACUUCCUGAGCCAUUACGGGUUGCUUGUGGACCCAAGAAAGAGACGUCUUCUUGACACAACAACUCAGCUAACGACCCGGGGAUACGCCGCCAACUGCGAACAACUCAUGAUUAAGACCGUAAAGGGGGAUUCGGUCUAUCAUCAACUGUUGGCAAAAUAUCCUGAUCUAACGCGCCCACCGGCCUUUGGGCGAGAGAAAAUCCGGCACGGCGUGGAGCACCAUAUCGAAACCACACUAGGCCCACCCGUGUACUGCAAACCCCGCCGGCUCGCACCAGACCGGCUCAAACAAGUCAAGGCGGAAUUUGCAACGCUGAUUGAACAAGGAGUCAUGCGCCCAUCGAAGAGUUCCUGGGCAUCUCCGCUACACGUCGUCCUAAAGAAGGAUGGAAGUCUUCGACCCUGCGGUGACUACCGGGCGCUAAAUGCCCGCAGUGUUCCUGACAGGUACUCUCCACCGCACAUCCAAGACUUCGCGCAGCAGCUACACGCGAAACUAGGCAUUUACCGAUCGUUGGAAAAAAAGGUUCCGAAAAGCUUGAAGCAUUUUCGAAGAAACUAGUCCCAUCGAAAUUGCACGAAAUGGAGGAAAGAACGAGAACAAAAGAAUCGAAUGAGGAAGGAAAAAGGAAUCCGUAACUCUACCACUUUUUCCCGAUUCUUCGAAUCUCGUGGAAAACACCUGAAGAAAGUUACAUGGAAAUCCAUCCCACGGAAUAUUCGAGCGACCAAUCGAUUUAGAAAGCGUAUCCGAUGCUAAAAAUUGAAAAGUUUCGUCUGUGCGGAUAGAACGUCGACGCUAUGCCACCGGAAAUAUCCGAACGAGAGCUUCGAAAUAUACAUUCGUCGCUUUGAGCGUAGCCGAAAAAUCACGAGGGAACAAGAACUGGCUAAGCUACGGGAACUUCCGGCGAACGGAAGCCAAACUCAGCCAAACUUUUCAUUCGAGAUUAGGUAUUUGCUUCGAACCGAGCUUGCUCGUGUUUCGUCCGGAAACUGUUUGCUUGUAUUUUCUUCCGGUCAAAUUUUAUAGUGCAACUGAUACUUAUAAAAUAUUGAAAGAAAAAAUUAAUUUCGAUGAAUAGAAAUGUUGGAAAGGAAAAAGAAAAUAGUUUUGGUUGAGGUUAUGACGCGAGAACUGUCGCAAAUAAAUCAAAAUUAAUGAUAUCAGAUUUUUUGUGUAUUCGAGUGUAAUUUUGAUGAUGUUAAAGUUUAUUUUUACUACUAUAAAAAUAUGAUUACAGUAAAUUCUUGUAUAAAUACAUUAUAAUAAAGCAAGAUAACAGAUUGAUUGAUGAGCUCAUGAAAAUAGAUACUUAUUUUCACCGAAACGAAGACAUUGGACUAAUAAUUAAGAUCGUAAAAGUAUUUUUCAGUUUAAAAGAUCUGGAAGAACGUAAUAGGUAAAUUUAUAUAGUUGCAUUUUUAUUAAAUUUCAAUGAAAUGAAAGAUUUGUUACGUGCGUUAAUAAUAUGUUUUUUUAAAUCAAUUUUGUAUAUGUACCAUUUAUUGUUGAAAUAUUGUCCUAUUUACUAUUUAAAAUAUUGUACUCUUUAAACGUAAAUUUAUAUAGUUGCAUUUUUAUUAAAUUUAAAUAAAAUGAAAGAUUUGUUACAUGCACUAAUAAUAU